AUGGAAGUAUACAUCGACGACAUGUUAGUCAAGUCCAAAAAAGCAGAAGAUCAUGUCGGCCACCUCAAGCAAUCCUUCGACGUUCUAAGACAAUAUGGUAUGAAACUAAAUCCCACUAAAUGUUCUUUUGGAGUGUCCGCAGGAAAAUUCUUGGGAUACAUCAUGACUCAAAGAGGGAUUGAAGCAAGUCCCGAUCAAAUCAAGGCAAUCAUCAACAUCCAAUCCCCCAGAAACAUCAAGGAAGUACAGAAGCUGACAGGACGCGUCGCGGCACUCAAUAGGUUCAUAAGCAAGUCGUUCGACAAAUGUUGCCCGUUCUACGAUGUCCUAUGGAAGAACAAUGAUGUCCUAUGGACGGAGAAGCACGAGAAAGCCCUGCAAGAUCUCAAGAAAUACAUGGCAUCACCUCCUCUACUGUCCAAGGCAAAAGAGCACGAGACGCUGCAAUUGUACUUGGUUGUCAGCGCGACGUCCGUUAGCGCAGUCUUGGCAAGGGAAGACGACCACCAACAACUACAUGUAUACUACGUUAGUCUUUGGCAAAGAUGUCUCGUCGGCAAUGAACAACAAGAAGUCUUGCAGGAGAAACACGACGGAGAGUGCGACAACCAUUCUGGAGGUCGCAGUCUAGCAAAAAAAGUUUUGCGAUUGGGCUACUUUUGGCCAACUCUGAAGAAAGACGCCGAAACAUACGUAGCAAAGUGCGACAGCUGCCAAAGAUUUACAGGGUUAAUGCACAAGCCACCUGAGAUGCUCCAUCCCACGCUGUGUCCAUGGCCCUUCAUGAAAUGGGGGAUGGACAUAGUAGGGAAGCUUCCGGUCGCCCCAGGACAGAAAGUAUUCAUGCUUGCACUGACGAACUACUUCUCAAAGUGGAUUGAGGUAGACUCAUUCACUCAGGUACGUGACAAAGAAGUCACUUCAUUUAUAUGGAAUAACAUCAUCUGCAGGUUUGACAUCCCCUCAGAAAUUGUGUGUGACAACGGGUCGCAAUUCAUAAGUGACAAGACUAGAAGAUUCUGCGACAAGUGGAACAUCAAGCUUUGCACGUCAACACCUAGGUACCCACAAGCCAAUGGCUAA